AUAUAAAGCCCGUGUAGCGUGUAGCCCCGUUCGCCCUUUGUAGGUCACCUCGCAGUAACACGGGCGCUGAUUGGAGCACAAACCCUGCGCUUUGUGGACGUUCGGAUCGCAGCUGAAUAUCCGUGUGAACAUGGACGGUCGUGGUUACGCGUCAGGAGGUUUCUCCAGCUGGGGUGGAGGAGGAUCUUCUAGCAGAGGAUCUGGCAACUAUGACCUUUAUGGUUAUAAGGACUCGAUGUCCGGUGGAUACGGUGGAGGACAGAUGAAGAGAGGUCUGUCUGGUUCUCUCCUGUCCUCUGGGGGUAACGCAGAUGAUGUGAUUGCUAAGAUCAACCAGCGACUCGACAUGCUAACACAAUUAGAGGGAGGGAUGAAAGGAGGGGGUCGAAAUGACAGGUUUGACCAGUACGAGUCUUUCGACUCGCGCUCCUCUGCCCUUGGCCCCCGCGAUCUCUACAGAUCUGGUAACCUUGUAUUUGGUGACUCCCGGGGCGACAUGAUGGCCCAGCGUGGAGGCAUGGGCUUUGGGGCGAUGGGUGGAGCUGGAGGGGGUGGUGGCUUUGGCGGCUCUGCCUCCCAUGGAAACGCCAAAAUGCGGCAAGCUCGAGAUGCUUUCUCAGGCUCCGGCUGGGGUGCGGGACAGAGGUCCCAGCACAGGGGCGGAGCGCCAAGCGGGCGUGGCUUUGGCCGUAGGCAGGAUACCUCUAUGAUGGGUGGAGGUGGGCGGAGUGGGGGGCAAGGCCACUCCCCCUCAGGGCGAGGCAAGCUGCCAUCGCUCCUGAGCCACCGCAUGUACCCCGAAAGUGGGGGGUUCCAGCCUCAACAUGGCUCCCAGGACUAUCCUGUCCGGCACUUUGGAGGGGGCAAAAAUCUCAACCGACAACGCACCCGCAAGAGACCCCUCAAUCGACAGCCAGUAAAAGCUCAGCGUGACGGACAGAAGAAGAGGAAGCAGACCCCAACUACAGCUGACGAGCCUGAGUCUAAAAUGGGAAAGACCGAGUCUGAAGGAGACGAUAAAGCUGAUAAGGCCAAAACAGCAGAACUCAAAGAAGAGAAGAAAGAUGAUGUUACUCCAACCAUCCAGGAGUCUGAACCUGUGGCUGAAGGAGAGAGUGCUGAACCAUCUGUUAAAGGAGAAUCCCCUCAGUCUGUGGGAAAGCAGCAGGGGAAACAGACUCCGCCGUCCUCUUCUAAACUUAGAAAGAGGCGGGGCUUCUUUGAAAGUCGUGCCAUUUCCAGGGUGACGUUCGCGUGCUCCGUCUGCAAGUUUCGCUCAUUCUACAGUGAGGACUUGACUGCUCACCUGGACAGCAAGUUCCACAAAGAUCACUUCAGGUUCCUCUCCAGCCAGCUAUCAAAACCAACCACUGAGUUCUUGCAGGAAUACAUAAAUGAUAAACACAAGAAGACUGAUCAGAGAAUCAAUCAGCUGGAGAACCACAGUGCCACCAUCUGUCAGGUGUUGAGAGAGCAGGACCUGACCAGAGACAUCGGUAUGGAGCACUUCAUGAAGAAGGUUGAGGCAGCAUACUGUUCAGCGUGCGAUGUCUACAUCCCCAUGCAGUUCCUACUCAUCCAGAAGCACCUCAAAUCUCCUGAGCACAACUACAAUCGCAAGGGGAUGAUGGAGCAGUCGAAGAGGUCGAGUCUGUCGGUGGCCAGGAGCAUCCUCAACCACAAGGUCAUCGGCAAGAAGCUGGAGAGCUACCUGAAGGGUGAAAAUCCCUUCACUGACAACCAAGAUGACCAGGACCCUGAAGACUCCAUGAUGGAGGUGUCUGAGUGUGAUGUAGAGCUGACACAGGAAGGAAAACAGGGUGAGGCAGAGCUUUCAGACACAGGGAGAGAGCCUGGAGUGGUAGGAAAUGGUGAUGGACAUGAAGAGGAAAUGAAGAUUGAGGAAGGUGAAGGAGGGGAUAAGGGAAGAGAGGUGGAAGGUGAGAGAGGAGAGGAGGAAGGUGAGGGAGUACAGGAGGAGGAAGAGGAAGAUGGAGUGGAAGUGAAGGAGGAGGAGGAGGAAGAUGGAGUGGAAGUGAAGGAGGACGAAGACGGAGUGGAAGUGAAGGAGGGGGAGGAGGAAGAUGGAGUGGAAGUGAAGGAGGAGGAACCUGAAGGUGCUGAGGAGCCUACAGCCUUUGAUGUAGAGAACCUCCUGCAGGGGGCAGAUGACGACGGUGGAAUACCUGUAAUUGAGGAUUAGCCACAAAUAUCUUCAGAGUUCUGAUGCUCUGUGGCUGAUCCAGGACCAGCUGGACUGUCAGUAACAUUCAGUUACGCUGAUCAGAGAUCAGUGAGAGUGGUUUUAAAGUUGUAGUUGUUUGGGUAGAUGAUUCCACAUGCUGAUCCUGGAACAGCCCUGUUGACAAAUGUGUGUAUCCUAGUUAAUAAAAAUCUGUUCCAAUCCAUGUAAUCAUGUUGCUGUUUGGACCAAUGAAAUCGAUGCUCUCUCAAUUUUAUCCAAUCAGAUUUGUGUCUAUGACGUGUGUAAAUUUACACUCAGUUCUACACAGUUAGCAUGUUGUGUGUUUAACAGGACCGCUUCUCUCUCAACCCCCCACCAACCCCCCCCCCCCCACCCCCGCCGUUCACGUUUACAGUUCACUUUUCUGUUGACUUUUAUUUCUUUUAUCUUUUUUUUUUUUUUUUUAGUUUGUGUAAAUGUGAUGCUGAAGAGGGGAAACUCAAACAUUUAAAACCUUUUUGUUUUGCCUUCGGCUAAAAAUAAAUGUUUAAAGUGA